CUUAAUCUUUCUCUUCGGGUCGACAUUUCUCGGCUUCUGGCUACAGAGUAACUAGAAGAUUAAAAUGUCCCAACCAACACGCUUGUAUACAAAAGGCAUUGUCCUUGGCUACAAGAGAGGUUUGCGGAAUCAGCAACCUAACACUUCCCUGAUAAGGCUUGAAGGAGUCAGCGACAAGAAAGAAACUGACUUCUACCUUGGCAAACGUGUUGCAUUUGUUUACCGUGCCAAGAGAAAGACGGUAGCCAAAGGAGACAAGAAAGCAAGCAAACUCCGAGUGAUGUGGGGAAAGAUUACCAGACCUCAUGGAAACAGUGGUGUGGUGCGAGCUAGAUUCAGGCACAACCUUCCACCAAAAGCUAUGGGCGCUACUGUCAGAGUGAUGCUGUACCCUUCGAGGAUUUAAUCUGAAUUCUUGCACUGUGUAGUUGUACAAAUAAAAUGCUCUCUUCAUAGCAUA